ACUGUAGAAAAUUUGUUCAAGAGUAUAUAGAUUUUUUUAGAUAAAAUAAAUUGUAUUUUUAUAAAACUUAUGUAACCACGCCCACAAGCCACUUAUAGCCAAUCAUAACUGUUCAGCCCCACGGCGUUUAAUGCGUAGAACUCUGCACUUAGCCUGAAUUUAGUUGAAUAGAAUUUCCCAUUUUGUUGAUUAACUGUUUUACGCCUUUUUGCCAAAUAAACAAAUGACGAAUAAUAAUGUGUGAAUUAUUUCUGAAUGGGUCGACGUUAGGCAUUAAUUGCGCAUACGCAGCGUAUGCCAAGUGCCAAGUGCUUGGCUAUAAAAGGCCGCUGAGGGCCUUGCGAUGCUCAUCAAAGAGUUUAGCAUGGAGAUGGAUCUGAAGCCGCUGGGCCUUAGCUAUAUGGCAAGUGCUCCAGGUGCAGCAAGUGCAGUGUGCAGUGCUCCUCCUGCUGCCGCUACUGCUCCUCCUGCUGCUGCUCCGCCCACAGUGCUGUUGGUGAAUGCAGCAGGCGCCACGCCACUGGGGCCCGAGCCGCAGCGCAUGACGUGCCCCAGUUGCCACAACGUGAUGCAAACGCGCCUGGAGCUGCGCUCCAAUAAAAACACGCAUCUUAUUGCACUCGUGCUCUGCGUAACGGGCCUGAUUUGCUUGGUUCCCUUGCCAUAUUGCCUCAAGAGCUGCCGCAGCCUCUAUCAUUAUUGCAGCUGCUGCAAUCAGUAUUUGGGCAAGGCCGCCAACUAAUUGUCAUCCGUGCUAAGCCCUAAUUAAAUCAAAGCAAUUAAAUGCUAAAAACAAGCUAAAAUUGUGUUCAAUUUUUUGAUUGCUGAUAUGCUCAAUUAACAAAUCCAACACAGG